AUGUCAAUUUCAAUUGAUUUAGUCAAGUAUUUAUUGAGAAAGAGUAUGAUCUGUGACAUGAUGUACUAUGUGGUAUCAAUUCUAGACUUGUUAUACACCUCUUCUGUAGCCAUCAAAGAUUUUUAUGUAAACGACAACGGUAAUGUAUACUACACUGAGAGUGGUGCUCUUAAACUUUUCACACCUGCCACUGCCAAUGCUAACACUGGUACAAUAACGUCCUAUGCUGGUAAUAGUGCUGGAACAUAUAAUGAUGGAGAAACUCUGGCUUAUACCAAGUUCAACACACUUGUAGGUUUGACUUUUUCCAGCGAUAACAACUUGAUGUUAAUUGCAGAAAGUGAUGAACUCAGAAAAAUUUACAUGGUGUGUGAUGCAAAUUAUGGUGGAGGUUAUUGUAAUCUACCCUAUUGUUACUCGAUUAGAUCUGAUGACUCCACUGUUUGUAAUUCAAAUGGAAAUUGUAUAGAUGUUAACAAUUGUUCGUGUUCAUAUGGUUACUCAGGUGCUAAUUGUUCUUCUUGGACUUGUAAUGGAUAUUCAAAUUCUCUUACAACUGGCUGUUCUAAUCAUGGUACUUGUGCAUCAUAUAACACUUGUAGCUGCUCAUCUAAUUAUUAUGGCUCUAAUUGCUCAAUUACAACAUGUAAUGAUAUUUAUUCUAAUUCAAGUGAAGUUUGCUCAGGAAAAGGAAUAUGUGUAGAUUAUAAUUCAUGUUCUUGCGUUUCAAAUUAUUAUGGACCUGAUUGUGAAAAUUUUGAUUGCUACUCUGUACCAAAAACAAAUUCUGAUGUUUGCUCAGGACAUGGUUCAUGCACUGAUUAUAAUUCAUGUUCAUGUUAUUUAAAUUAUUAUGGCUCUAAUUGCUCAAUUACAACAUGUAAUGAUAUUUAUUCUAAUUCAAGUGAAGUUUGUUUAGGAAGAGGUAUAUGUGCUGAAGUAGACGAUUGCCAUUGUGAAUUUGAUUUUACAGGCAAUAAUUGCCAAAAUUACGACUGUUCUGGAAUUUCUUUUGACAAUUCCAGUGUCUGCUCUUCCAGAGGAUUGUGUUCAUCUCCAAAUAAUUGUUCUUGUCAAAGUGGGUUUUUUGGAAAUGAGUGUCAACACCAUAAUUGUUAUGGAAUUCUCGGUAGUUCGUCUCAAGUUUGUUCCUCAAGUGGUGUAUGUUCAUCCCCAAAUAAUUGCACCUGUAAUGAUGGUUACACUGGUGAUGAAUGUCACUUUACUUCCUGUUAUGGCGUUUCUUCUAAUAAUUCAAAGGUUUGUUCAGGUCAUGGAGAUUGCAGCUUUUAUAACAAUUGUACCUGUGAAAGUGGAUAUUUUGGAAAUGAUUGCUUCUUCUAUAAUUGUUUUGGUAUUCUGAAUACCAAUAGUUCAGUAUGUUCUGGAAAUGGUAACUGUACAAUGCAUGAUACAUGCUCGUGUAAAUCUCAUUUUACUGGAUUAAGUUGUAAUGUGACAAUUUUACAAAAUAGUACAAUUAUUAGCAAUAUUUCUUUUGCUAACACUACUUUUAAUAAUACUUCUAUGAAUGAAACAUCUUACUUUAACGAAACUAUAAUGAGCAACAUAUCAAUAACUAAUGGCACUUCAAAUUAUAUUUCUUUGAGUAAUAAUACUGUAAAUACCACUUCCUUAAAUGAUACAGUGCACUUUAAUGAAACCAAAAUGAACCCUAGCAAAUCAAUAACCAACAGUAGUUUGAACUAUAUUUCUUUAAAUGAUACUGCUUAUUUCAACGAAACCAAAAUGAACAAUAACUCUUCUCAUAACUCAACUUCCAACACUAAUGAAACGGAUGUAAAUUCUCCCCUCCUUCAACCCACUAUCAACAAUACCAUUAUUAACAGUAACGUCUCUGCUGAGUCCUCACAAAUUUAUUUACUAGUUUCGUGUUUUGGUGUUCUGAAUAGUAAUAGUUCUGUCUGCUCAGGAAAUGGUAAUUGUACAAUGAAUGAUACAUACUAUAUAAUCUCAUUAAAGGAUUUUGAAAUUAACAUUCUUCCUAUAGUUUCAUUUUACAAAUUUUAA